AUGCUUCUUCUCAAUCUGUUCUCUCCAGAGCUGGCCCAGCUGCUCCAUGGCUCCAAGCUUGUUCUCCCUGCUGUGUCCUUUGCCAACGUUCCUCAAUUGGCUGUUGACUUAUUGCUCCACAACCUCAACUUCAAGCUUGUUGCUCGACUCAGCAACGACUACCUAUACCCCUUCGUUUCUCCUAUCGACACCUCGCUACUAGUCGAUUCCAGCAAUUACAACAACGAGCUCGUUUCGACCUCUCUUGAAGUAUUCUACUCUGCUGACUACAACUUGACAACAAUCCAACAAAGAGCCCCCGUAUUGCCUGGUUUUACCUCGUUGUUCAUCAGUGAUGUCCUAAUCAACAGCCUUUUCAAGAAGUUUUCGUUCAGCGAAAUCAUCGUGCUAACCUCAAAUGACAUGGGCAUCAAUUUCAAUAACAAUAAUAUCUUCACUUUUCACGAAAACUUGAAUUCAAUUGAUUCAAACUCACUGAAAUUCAUUAAGACUCUUAAAGACCAGUUAUUCUUAAUCAAAGAUCAAAAUAUUAAUUUAAAAAUUAUUGAAAUGUUUGUUUAUGAAGGCGAUAAUUUUGAUGAUGCUCAAAUUCUAUUCAAAACUCUAAUUAAAAAAUAUCUAUUCAAGGAUAUCAACUACCAAUCAAUUCUAUCCAAUAACAACAAAAUUCUUGAGAAGGUUCCCAAAAAUCAAAGACAACAACAUUUAACUGCUACUGGCUUGAUCAAACCAAUUUCUUGGUCAGGCGCAUAUGGAGACAAGCCAGUUCCUAACUCAAUAGAGGAAGGUAUUUUUGGUUAA